AUGCAACAAGUACUAGCAGUAGCUGCAGCAGUAUCUGCAGCGGCAGCUGCAGCGGUAGCUGUAGUGGUAGCUGCAGCGGUAGCUGUAGUGGUAGCUGCAGCGGUAGCUACAGCGGCAGCUGUAGCGGUAGCUGUAGCGGUAGCUGUAGCGGUAGCUGUAGCAGUAGCUUUAACAGUAGCAGUAGACUUUGGAGGCGGGGAAAUGCUUUAUGCACCUGAAGGUAAUUUGCCACACAGAAAAUCCAUAUUUUCUCUUAACAACAAAUUGAUAAAAUCAGCAUAUGAUGUACCAAAACAUUCUCGUGUACAAAAUCAAGCAUUCUUGUUUAAUGUUAAUAAAGUUGAAGUUUGGGGGAAAGCUGCCAUUGGCACAUACUUUUGGAUUCAUGUUAUGAAUGCAGAUCUAGAUAAUCAAAGAAAUGCAAUGGUAAUGACUAGUAAUUUGACAAUUGGAAAUACAGCUUUUAUGUUCCGGACAGGGCCAGGUCUCAUUCAGACUACUGCUCCAUAUGAUGUUGAACAUUUAAUUCUAAUACUUAAUGGCAGAAGCCAAGAAAAGUUAGUUGCAUCCACCAUGUGGUUAGAUUAUUUACCACAGUACACAAAGUUGAAGAAAUUGGCAGUUAUUAUUCUGGGUAAUGAAGAAUGUGAAAACAGUUGGAUUUGGCCCUACAUGAAAUCUCGGGGAGGAAUGAUAGACAUUGCUUUUUUGGUUUAUGACUCUCCAAUGAUCGAUAAUAAGCAGUUUUAUCAAUGGCCUCUGGGAGUUGCCGUUUAUCGUGGAUUUCCUAACAUAUUGCCCGAGCAAGUGGAUGUUUCUUCUAAGCGACCAUUUAUGUGCAAUUUCUUAGGAACAGUGUAUGCUAAUUCAUCCCGUGCUAUACUAAUGAGAGUAAUUGAAACAUCAAGAUUCUGGAAACGAUGCAUCUUGAAGGGAAGAGAGAAGUGGAUACCGUAUGAAACGAAGGAGACAUUUGAUGCAUAUAUGUAUUCUCUCUCACAUUCAGACUUGACUCUGAGUCCUGUUGGCAAAAACUCGGAAUGCUAUCGUAUCUAUGAAGCAAUGUCUAUGGGUAGCGUGCCUGUCAUUGAAGAUGUUGUUACACCUGGGUCUUGUGAUAGAUCUAAUAAGUCUCCUUUGAGACUGUUGAAGAAGCAUAAAGCUCCUGUAAUUUACAUCAAAAGUUGGUACAGCCUUCCUGAACUUCUGCAACGUGAAUCUCGUUUAUCUUUAAGCAGUAAAGUGGAAAGAAGGAGGAAUGUUGUUGAAUGGUAUAGGAGAUUUAAAGCAAAACUCAGUAAUGAAUUCAUCCACACAAUUGAAAAUAAGUUCUUUGGUUUAUAAAGAUCCUUCAGUGUGAAUAUACCUGAAGGAAGAAUUUCCUAUGUAUUUUUAUAAAUGUAAUAACACAGUAGUUUUAUGGAGUUAUUUUCAAGGCAGUUCCAUCACAGCAUGCUUUGAAUGAAGAUGAAAAGAGAAGUUCCAAAUACAUCCUUUCUCUUAGCUGUCAAGUUAUUGAAGGGCUUGGGUCAGUAACAAUGUAACCACCAGUCACAGAAAGCCUCCUGUUCUUUGUAAAUGUUAAUGUCUCAAUUUUUGUGAAAGUGUGGCUUACCUUUUUAUUACAUAUGUCUUGUUCUUAUUUAUAAAGGGCUUGGGGGCAGUAACAUGGCGAGACACACUUCGACCAAAAUUGAGAUAUUAACAUUUAAGAAUUGCUUGAGGCUUACUGUGUUUGGUUUGGCGUAUUUGGUUACUGUUCCAAGUCCUUCAAGUGAAUGUACAUGUCUAUAAGAAACUUUCUCAUUAACCUUUUUCUUUCUUGUACAGUUCUUUUACUUUUUUCUUUUUCUGCAUUUUCUGGUUUCUUUCCCUUUUCUAAAGCAAGGGAUGGAAACACAUUGAGUUUUUAAUUUCUUCUCUCUCAAAUUGAAUUUGAGGUAGUCAAUAAAUGAUGUCUUAAGUUUUGUAAAUAAAUAGAAAAGAAUUAUGUACAUGUGCUAUUGUGUAAAAGUUUUCAUAUUUUGUGUCGUGAGUGAUUGAAAAUGUGAUAAAUUAAUUUUCUUUCCAAUGUAGAUGACUGCCCUAUUUUAAAAUAAAAUUAUUUUGAAGUGGUGACACUUUUGCAAUGAAGAAGGUAAUAUUUCUCAAUUAUAAGCUUUUUGUAUGUGGUAAGUAAUGGUAUGUUUUUUAACAAUAAAAACCUGUUCAAGUGUUGUGAUAAGAAGGAAUAAAUGUGUUGAAAUAAACUGUACUAUGUAAUAGUAUUCGGAAAUGAAAUGAUGAGGCUGAAAAAUCAAGUAUGUAUAUUUAUUACUCCAAUGCUUCUCAUGUUUUGAAGACUUUUUAGAUUUAGUGAGAAGUGGCUGUAUGUCUCUAUUCACAUUGUACCUGAAAUGAUUGCUCCAGUAGUGAUAUUAUUUGUGUACAGAUAAGUGGUUACAUACCUUAAAUAUAUUAUAUCUUUUUAAAUUCAUGUUUCUUACUUUUAAUCAUGUUAACUGUGAAAUUAAUAUAUUUGUUUUCUCUUAUAACAUUUUCACUGUUUAUUUGAAAUAAUGUACUUUGGAAGAAUGCAAGAUCCAAAAAGUAUGCCUCUGUAAUCUAAAUUGUUUAUAUUUGUUUAAAAAAUUUUGAAACAUUAAUGUUGUAUUUGAUCUUAUCCAUGUAACUAUUUCAGACUAUAAUCUACAUGGGAAAAGAAAAAAAGUGAAGAUGUAUUGAUCUUGCAUGAUAAUGAGACUGUAAAUUAUGUCUUACCAUCUCAGCUUAUUAUUUAUACAAAGUUUUUUCUUUUUUAUUUUAAAUUUACCUUGAAAAUAGGUGAGGAAUGAAUGCUAUGAUUCUUUGCCUUUGUGAUCCCAUAAAAAUGUUUCAACUGAGGUAUUAACAUUUUGCUUUCUAGUUUAGCUGCUUUAUUGUAUUGUUGUUGUUUUUUUCAUGGAAUAAACUGUAUUAUUUUUUCAACCUUGAA